AUGGAAUUGGAACCGGCGCUACAACGGACAGCCCAUGGAAAAGUCAAGCCAAUGAUCACCCAAUGCGAAAUCAGAAAACUUUACGCGCGCAAGAAUGAACCCGGCAUCAGCGAAGCUAUUGAUGUAGCCAAGACUUGCGAAAGACGACGUUGCGGCCAUCACCCCGAUGAGUACCCAGAGCCGCUGAGCACACUCGAGUGCUUCCAGUCUGUCGUGGAUCCCAAGGACACGGGGGAGAACAAGCACCGAUAUGUCGUGGCAAGUCAGAACGUGGAUCUGCGGCGCAUGUUACGCGGCGUUCGAGGAGUGCCCUUGAUAUACAUCAAGAGAAGCGUCAUGAUUCUGGAGCCAAUGUCCGACGAGAGCGUCCGACUUCGAGCCCGAGAAGAGCGAAGCAAGUUUAGGGCGGGGCUGAAACCGACAAUCAGGAAGAGGAAGAGGGAGGAAAGGGACGACGGUGACGAAGAAGACGACCAUGGUAAACCUGACGGCGAUGAUGGAAACGUCAUGGCAAGUGGCGAAGGGGCCCAUCCGACACCCCCGUCGAAGAAGAAGUCCAAGCGCCCAGGUCCGAAGGAGCCUAAUCCCUUGUCAAUAAAGAAGAAAGCCAAGAAGCAUACUGAAGGGACAGGCACACCGAGGAAGACGGCCAAGGCGGAGGGUAAGGCUGGCGAAGCGCCAGCCAAGCGCAAGAGAAAGAGAAAAGGCAAGUCGACGAAUGCUGCCACUGGAGACGGAAGUGACAAGGGCGGCGAGGGCAGUGCACCCCAGACUCUCUCAAAUAUCGAUCAAGGUUGA